GCGGCGCUGGCGGUGGACUGGCGCGCCGGCAACCUGUACUGGGCGGACCCGCGCCGCGCGCUACUGCACGUCGCGCGUCUCGACGGCUCCCACCCUUACGUGCUGCUCGACACCGACCCCUUCGCUAUUAACGCGCUGGCGAUGGACGCGGAUCGCGGCUGGCUGUUCAUGUCGGGCGGAGGAUGGGUGCAGCGCGCGCGUCCCGACGGCUCCCAGCGCGAGCUGCUGCACAACGGCAGCGCAGUGCUCGACAUCGCCCUCGACCUGCAGAAGCAGCACGUGUACUGGGUGUCGGAGGGGGCGGGGCGAGGGGCGGGGCGCGAGGCGGCGGAGGCGGGGCUGUGGCGCAUGACGUACGCGGGCGAGGAGCGCGUGCGCCUGGCCCCCGCCGCCCCGCAGCGCCGCCCCGUGGCGCUCGCGCUGCACCGCGACGUCCUCUACUGGCUCGACACGAUGCUGGAUCGAGGCAGCGUGGUGUCCGCGCCGCUCGCCAACCUCAGCGACUACCGCAUCAUGCGCCACAACGUGCUCUACCACCGCACCGAUCUCAUGAUAUGGUCGAAGGAGCGGCAGUCAAGGCGGAGCGCCAACCCGUGCGCGGCGGCUGAGGGUGCGGCGGGCGCGGGGUGCGCGGCGCUGUGCCUGUGGGACGGGCGGCGCGCGCGCUGC